GGCGGCGGCGCGGCGGAGUGACGUCAUCGCGCCGCGACGGAGGGGGGGUAGGAGAGGGGAGGGGCGGCAUGGCGGCCGCCAGGUCGUUCAGGAGGCGCAGGGAGGAGCCCGAGGAGGACGAGGAAGACGAGGAGCUGGCCAGGGAGGUCAGGUUAAAACUCGAGGAAGCCAAAGAAGUGCAGAGCCUCAGAAAGCGACCCAAUGGGGUGAGCGCUGUAGCUCUGCUCGUGGGAGAGAAGCUGCAAGAAGAAGCGACACUUGUGGAUGACCCAUUUAAGAUAAAAUCUGGGGGGAUGGUGGACAUGAAGAAGCUGAAAGAACGAGGCAAGGACAGGAUUAAUGAAGAGGAAGAUCUCAACUUGGGAACUUCCUUCUCGGCCGAAACCAACAGGCGAGAUGAAGAUGCUGACAUGAUGAAGUACAUCGAGACAGAGCUGAAGAAGAGGAAAGGAAUUGUGGAGAAUGAGGAGCAGAAGGUGAAGCUUAAGAAUGCUGAGGACUCCCUGUAUGAGCUGCCAGAGAACAUCCGUGUGUCCUCUGCCAAGAAGACUGAAGAGAUGCUGUCCAACCAGAUGCUGAGCGGCAUCCCUGAAGUGGACCUGGGAAUUGAUGCAAAAAUUAAAAACAUCAUCUCAACUGAAGAGGCGAAGGCCAAGCUGCUGGCAGAGCAGCAGAACAAAAAGAAAGACAGUGAAACUUCCUUUGUUCCUACAAACAUGGCUGUUAACUAUGUCCAGCACAACAGAUUUUAUCACGAGGAGCUAAAUGCACCAGUGAGAAGAAAUAAAGAAGAGCCAAAGCCCCGUCCUCUGAGAGUGGGGGAUACAGAGAGGCCAGAACCUGAGCGGUCUCCUCCAAAUCGCAAACGGCCACCCAAUGAAAAAGCAACCGACGAUUAUCACUAUGAGAAAUUCAAGAAGAUGAACAGGCGAUACUGAUGAACACGGACUGAAGUCGUUGCAGAGGUUCUUGUUCUCUACUAACAAAGAAUUUUGUGUCAGUGACCGGAAACGGAUGUGGGGAGAGUCACUGCCUUCACGUGCUGGUGUUGACUACAAACCUUUUCUUGUGAUCUUGUAGUGAAUCAGUUUGCAGGUGAUUGUGAACUCUGGUUGGUAAAAUCUUGUAUAUAACUUAUUUUCAGUUAUAAAACUUGUUUUAUAAAAAUG